AUGGAAAAAAAUGAAUACGCACUUGAUUAUAUUCUUCAAGCAGAAUAUAAUCUUCUACGAAAACAAUUUAUACCUGGUAUUAUUGUUAUUCCAUCUGGAAAAUCAAAUUUAAUAUGGAAUGGUGUUCAUUUUGUUUCACAAGGUCCGUACGAAGGUGGUGUUUUCCGUUUUUCAAUAAUUAUACCACCUACAUUUCCUGAUGGCGACUGUCCAAAAGUUAUUUUUAUGUCAUCAAUAUAUCAUCCGCAAAUCAAUGUAGAUACAGGUGAACUCGAUAUUAAACGAUAUUUUCCAGUAUGGAAACGUAAUGGACAUCAUCUUUGGCAAGUAUUACGUUAUAUUCGACGUAUUUUUCAAAAAAUAGAAACAACAAAUUCCGUCAAUGUCGACGCAGCUAAUUUAUAUGAACAAGAUCCAGGAAUUUUUCUUUCAAAAAUAUCUGAAUGUGUCAAUCAAUCAAAAGAUAACCUUUAUACUCCUGAACCAUCAACUACAGACGAUCCACAUGCUAUACUAUUUACUCCAUGGAGUGAUAAAUUACAAAAUGUUCGGCAACUUCUAUUAACUGGAAAAAAGGUAAAUAAAUCUAAUUGUUCUAUUUCGUAUAUUAUCUUCCAUUUAAUCAGAAAACAUUUUCUAAUACUGAUACCAAUCAAAAGGAGGAUAGCACUUCAUAAAGCAUUUGAUAAUAUUCAUGGUUUAUCAUGGAUGAAACCAGGUGUUUAUCAAAUAUUAACUCGAGAAGAUACAUUACCAAGUCAUCAAAAUUAA